UGGAUAAAUGACAGGCAGAGAAAGGUAACAGCCGAGGUAGGUGUAGAAAGAUGAGCUGCAGGAUCUCUUUUCUCUCAGUUCAUCGGUAAUCUACCGAGUUUAUGAUUUACCAGUAUUUCCGCUGACUCUAUUUCUUAAAGAAACUUUAAACCGAAGUAAAUCUCAGUGUCUUAUAAUUACUUUGGUUUAAAGCAGACACUUUACAGUUCCCGGCAGGCCUUAGAAGUAAGAUGCAGGUAAAUGAGCCUGUGCUUAUGCCAAGGCUGUCCCGUGUCGCCGUUUGUGGUGGCACGCAUGGCAACGAACUGUCAGGAGUGUACUUGGUGCAAAAGAUGCUGAAGACUGUGAAAAGAAAAGAGGACAGAGAGAUGGUGUCUGUGCAGAUGGUGCUGUCCAAUCCUCGGGCCGUGCAGCAGUGCCGCAGAUAUGUUGACACUGACCUGAACCGCUGCUUCACCCACGCAAUGCUCAAUGGUCCCAUAUUGGAGGGGGCCCCCUAUGAGAUCAUUCGUUCCCGUGAACUGAAUGCCAUGCUGGGUCCGAAAGGCAGCCGGGCGGCAGUGGAUCUUGUCUGUGACCUCCACAACACCACUGCCAACAUGGGUCUGUGCUUCAUUGCUUAUUCUGACAGUGACUGGAUCUGUCUUCACAUAUUUAAAUACCUUCAGAAACACAUGCCAGAUACGCCAAUGAGAUUCAUCCAUUUUGAUGUCUCUAAUAAAGAAUCAUAUUCCCUCGAUUCCAUUGGAAAACACGGCUUUGCCAUGGAGAUCGGUCCUCAGCCCCACGGGUGUGUCAAGUCAAACAUCUACACAGCAAUGAAAGAAGGCGUGCAGCACAUGCUGGAUUGGGUCGGCUAUUUUAACUCAGGUUGUGUGUUUGAAGGAGGUUUUGUCGAUGUGUUCACCAUGGUUAAAAACAUAGACUACCCAAGAGAUGAGGAUACUCGCAACAUCACAGCAACCAUCCAUCCCUACCUCCAGGACAGAGACUUCUGCCUGCUCCACCCUGGAGAUCCCUUGUUCCAGACAUUCUCAGGAGAAACCCUGACGUACAAGGGCAAUGAACCACUUUAUCCUUUCUUUAUCAACGAAUGCGCUUACUAUGAGAAGGGCAUCGCGGUCUCCCUGGCCAGAAAGAAGUGCAUCACCAUCCCGUCUAUCUGGGUGACAACAGAGGAGGAGGAACGAGUGAGUGAGCAGAGUUUUGCAUCAGAGGAAGAGGAGUGAAGAUUUUCUUCAUACGAAACUGAUGUGAAAUACUUUUUAGAAUAACUUUUUAUUGAAAUGACAGCAAGCCUUGCAUAUAUGCACACAUAUUUACACAUAAAGUGAUAAUUUCAGCACACGUUCACAAAGAUCACAUUUCAACAAUGCAUUCAGGGCUAGAAGAGCUGUUUGCGUUUGAUGUUUGGACGAGUAAAACAGAAUCAUGACCUGUGUUGAGCCACACCAUUCAGAAAUUUCAUUAAACUUUGCGAAACGA